AGUAGUCACGUCUGACUAGUAGUGACUACACAAUGGCGGAAUCAUCAAAGCCAAAGGAGCAAGUUGUUACUCCGUGGACAGCUCAGGCUGGAGAAGGUGAACAGAAGAUUGAUUAUGACAGACUCAUUGUUCAGUUUGGAAGUAAUAGAAUAGACGAGUCUCUUUUACAAAGGAUUGAGGCUGUGACAAAGAAACCUGCCCAUCAUUUCCUCCGCAGAAAAGUUUUCUUUUCUCACAGAGAUGUUCCCGAUAUCUUGACUGCCUAUGAACAAAAUAAGCCAUUCUUCUUGUAUACUGGACGUGGUCCUUCAUCUGAAUCAAUGCAUCUUGGACACCUUAUACCUUUCCUUUUUACAAAGUACUUGCAAGAUGUGUUUGAUGUGCCUCUUGUAAUACAAAUGACUGAUGAUGAAAAGUUUAUGUGGAAGGAUCUUCAAUUAGAGGAAGCUCACCGUCUUGCUUAUGAGAAUGCAAAGGAUAUCAUUGCAUGUGGUUUUGAUGUCAAUAAAACAUUUAUAUUCUCUAACUUAGAUUACAUGAGUUGCUGUCCUGCUUUUUAUCGCAAUGUUUUACGUAUACAGAAGUGUGUGACAUGCAAUCAGGCAAAGGGUAUAUUUGGUUUUCAGGAUACAGACUGCAUAGGUAAAAUGGCAUUUCCAGCUGUGCAGGCAGCACCAUCCUUUAGUAGUACAUUCCCUGACAUCUUUGGAGACAAUAAAGACAUUAGGUGUCUCAUUCCAUGUGCCAUUGAUCAGGAUCCAUACUUUCGUAUGACAAGAGAUGUAGCACCACGUCUUGGCUUUCCGAAACCAGCACUCCUUCACUCAACUUUCUUCCCUGCACUUCAAGGGCCUCAAUCAAAGAUGUCUGCCAGUGAUCCAACCUCGUCUAUCUUUCUUACGGACACUCCAAGUCAAAUAAAGAAUAAGAUAAACAAGUAUGCCUUUUCUGGAGGACGUGACACAAAAGAAGAGCAUGAGAAGUAUGGUGGUAACACUGAGGUUGAUGUCUCGUAUCAAUAUCUGACCUUUUUCAUGGAGGAUGAUGAGCGUCUAGCUGAAAUAAAACAAGUGAGAUUAGAGGGAACAGCACAGUACUGAAAGUACUGAUCAUUGCCACAGUAUCUA